CCGACGUUUGCGUCAGCGGAGAGCGGGGCUGGGGGCACCGGGUUUGAAGUGCUGCGGGUCAGAGCGGCGCCGCCUCCGCCCGUGUGAAGGACCCCGGCCGCGUUGGAGACGAGCUCCGGUGGGCGGCCCAUGCCCGAAGGCCCGUGCCGGCCGCUACACGCCGCGCCACCUGCUGCCCUGCGCCCGACGGCCUGGGCCUGCGCCGCUCUGCUCGGGAAACGAGCGCCCCAGCGGUGCGGCGUGUAGCUCCCCGGGAGUUCCGAACCGCCGGCGCCGGCCAUGGCGGUCUCCAGACUUGAUCGCCUUUUUAUCUUACUGGAUACCGGCACUACUCCAGUUACAAGAAAAGCUGCUGCACAGCAGCUUGGAGAAGUAGUGAAGCUUCAUCCUCAUGAACUAAAUAAUUUGUUAUCUAAGGUAUUAAUAUAUUUAAGGAGUGCAAAUUGGGAUACCCGGAUUGCUGCAGGGCAAGCUGUUGAAGCUAUAGUGAAGAAUGUGCCCGAGUGGAAUCCAGUGCCAAGAACUAAGCAAGAACCUACAGAAAGUUCUAUGGAAGAUUCAUCUACUACAGAUCGAUUAAAUUUUGACAGAUUUGACAUAUGCAGAUUGUUACAGCAUGGUGCAUCACUUUUGGGGUCUGCUGGUGCAGAAUUUGAAAUCCAAGAUGAAAAAUCAGGUGAAGUGGAUCCUAAAGAGAGAAUAGCACGUCAACGGAAAUUAUUACAGAAGAAACUUGGACUUAAUAUGGGAGAAGCCAUUGGAAUGAGUACUGAAGAACUCUUCAAUGAUGAAGAUUUGGAUUACACCCCAGCUUCAGCAGCUCUUGUAAACAAACAAUCUACUCUCCAGGCAGCUGAAUUGAUAGAUUCAGAAUUCCGAGCAGGAAUGAGUAAUAGACAGAGGAACAAAGCUAAAAGAAUGGCCAAGUUAUUUGCAAAACAGAGAUCCAGGGAUGCAGUGGAAACCAAUGAGAAGAGCAAUGAUAGCACUGAUGGAGAGCCAGAAGAAAAGAGACGGAAAGUAGCAAAUGUUGUUAUUAAUCAAACUGCAAAUGAUUCCAAAGUCUUGAUUGAUAAUGUUCCAGAAAGUUCUUCUUUAAUUGAGGAGACAAAUGAAUGGCCUUUGGAAAGCUUCUGUGAAGAACUUUGCAAUGACCUUUUUAAUCCCUCCUGGGAGGUUCGACAUGGGGCAGGUACUGGACUUAGAGAAAUUCUUAAAGCUCAUGGGAAAAGUGGUGGUAAAAUGGGAGACAGCACUUUAGAAGAGAUGAUUCAGCAGCAUCAAGAGUGGUUGGAGGACUUAGUCAUUAGACUCCUCUGUGUUUUUGCCUUGGACAGAUUUGGAGACUUUGUUUCUGAUGAAGUUGUAGCACCAGUUCGUGAAACUUGUGCUCAAACAUUAGGUGUGGUUUUAAAGCACAUGAACGAAGCAGGAGUUCAUAAGACUGUGGAUGUGCUUCUGAAAUUACUGACCCAAGAACAGUGGGAAGUUAGACAUGGUGGCCUGCUGGGAAUAAAAUACGCUCUGGCAGUUCGUCAGGAUGUAAUUAAUACUUUAUUGCCUAAAGUUUUAACUCGAAUAAUCGAAGGACUCCAGGACCUUGAUGAUGAUGUCAGAGCUGUUGCUGCAGCAUCCUUAGUGCCUGUAGUAGAAAGCCUGGUGUACCUUCAGACACAAAAGGUACCCUCUAUUAUAAAUACUUUAUGGGAUUCUCUCCUGGAAUUAGAUGAUCUAACAGCUUCAACAAAUAGUAUUAUGACUCUUCUUUCAUCCAUGUUAACUUACCCUGAGGUCCAGCAAUGCAGUAUUCAGCAGUCACUCACAGUUUUAGUUCCACGUGUUUGGCCAUUUUUGCAUCACACUAUAUCUUCAGUUCGAAGAGCAGCAUUGGAAACUCUCUUUACAUUGUUAUCAACACAGGACCAGAACUCUUCAUCUUGGCUUAUACCAAUCCUGUCUGAUAUGCUGCGACAUAUUUUUCAGUUUUGUGUUUUAGAAAGCAGCCAGGAAAUUCUGGAUCUUAUUCACAAGGUUUGGAUGGAACUGUUGAGCAAAGCUUCAGUUCAGUAUGUGGUGGCAGCUGCUUGUCCAUGGAUGGGUGCCUGGCUUUGCUUAAUGAUGCAGCCUUCUCAUUUACCUAUUGAUUUAAAUAUGUUGCUAGAAGUAAAAGCAAAAGCCAAAGAAAAAACAGGUGGUAAGGUACGGCAAGGCCAAAUUCAGAAUAAAGAAGUGCUUCAAGAGUACAUUGCAGGUGCAGACACCAUCAUGGAAGACUCAGCUACCAGGGAUUUUGUAGUUAUGAGGGCCAGGAUGAUGGCAGCUAAGUUGUUAGGAGCACUUUGCUGCUGUAUUUGUGAUCCAAGUGUAAACAUGGUAAACCAAGAAAUUAAACCAGCAGAAUCCCUUGGCCAGUUACUACUAUUCCACUUGAACUCCAAAUCUGCUUUACAGAGAAUUAGUGUUUCAUUAGUAAUCUGUGAAUGGGCUGCUUUACAAAAGGAGUGUAAAGCUGUUACCCUAGCUGUGCAGCCACGUUUACUUGAUAUCCUUUCAGAACAUUUGUAUUAUGAUGAAAUUGCUGUUCCAUUCACACGAAUGCAGAAUGAAUGUAAACAGUUCAUAUCAUCAUUAGCUGAUGCAAAUAUUGAAGUGGGUAAUAGAAUAAACAACAAUGUUUUAACAAUAGAUCAAGCUAAUGACCUGGUAACUACUGUUUUUAAUGAAGUCACAUCAACUUUUGAUUUAAAUCCUCAAGUGUUACAGCAGUUAGAUAGUAAACGACAUCAGGUCCAAAUGGCAGUUGCAGAGACGAACCAAGAGUGGCAAGUGUUGCAGUUGAGAGUGCAUACUUUUGCUGCAUGUGCAGUUGUGAGCUUGCAGCAGCUUCCAGAGAAAUUAAAUCCUAUCAUAAAACCACUAAUGGAAACAAUUAAAAAAGAAGAGAAUACGCUAGUACAGAACUAUGCUGCCCAGUGCAUAGCCAAGCUUCUUCAGCAGUGUACAACAAGGACACCAUGUCCUAAUCCAAAAGUUAUUAAAAACCUCUGUAGCUCUCUUUGUGUGGACCCAUACCUCACUCCCUGUGUAACAUGUCCAGUACCAACACAAAGUGGCCAGGAAAAUUCUAAAGGAUCCAACUCAGAAAAAGAUGGAAUGCACCAUACUGUCACCAAGCACAGAGGCAUCAUUACACUCUAUAGGCAUCAGAAAGCAGCUUUUGCUAUCACAAGCAGGCGAGGUCCUAUCCCCAAAGCAAUCAAAGCUCAGAUAGCAGAUCUGCCUGCCGGAAGUAGUGGGAAUGUCCUGGUUGAACUUGAUGAGGGUCAGAAGCCUUACCUGGUACAACGGAGAGGAGCUGAAUUUGCCUUAACAACUAUAGUCAAGCAUUUUGGUGCUGAAAUGGCAGUGAAGUUGCCACAUCUUUGGGAUGCCAUGGUUGGCCCAUUGACGACUAUGAUUGACUUAAAUAAUUUUGAUGGAAAAUCCCUCCUGGAAAGAGGUGACAGUCCUGCUCAAGAAUUGGUGAAUUCUCUGCAAGUUUUUGAAAUAGCAGCAGCCUCGAUGGAUUCUGCACUUCAUCCCUUGCUGGUACAGCAUUUGCCUCAUCUGUAUAUGUGCCUUCAGUAUCCCAGCACUGCAGUGAGGCACAUGGCAGCUCGCUGCAUAGGGGUCAUGAGCAAAAUAGCUACCAUGGAAACGAUGAAUAUCUUUUUAGAGAAGGUGCUUCCAUGGCUGGGAGCAAUUGAUGACAAUAUCAAACAAGAAGGUGCAAUUGAAGCUCUUGCCUGUGUUAUGGAACAAUUGGAUGUUGGUAUUGUUCCAUAUAUUGUCCUUUUAGUUGUUCCUGUAUUAGGGAGAAUGAGUGAUCAGACAGACAGUGUGAGAUUCAUGGCUACUCAGUGCUUUGCAACAUUAAUUAGACUGAUGCCACUUGAGGCAGGCAUUCCAGACCCUCCAAACAUGUCAGAAGAAUUAAUCCAAAUGAAAGCAAAAGAGCGACACUUUUUAGAACAAUUGUUAGAUGGGAAGAAAUUAGAAAAUUACAAGAUCCCAGUACCAAUCAAUGCUGAACUACGAAAGUAUCAGCAGGAUGGUGUGAACUGGUUAGCCUUUCUUAAUAAAUACAAGCUUCAUGGAAUUCUAUGUGAUGACAUGGGCUUAGGAAAAACAUUACAGUCCAUCUGCAUUCUAGCAGGAGAUCAUUGUCAGAGGGCCCAGGAAUACGCAAGAUCGAAGUUAGCAGAGUGUAUGCCGCUUCCGUCCUUGGUGGUUUGCCCACCAACAUUAACAGGGCAUUGGGUAGAUGAAGUAGGUAAAUUUUGCUCCAGAGAAUAUCUCAAUCCAUUGCAUUAUACUGGCCCUCCCACUGAAAGGAUAAGGUUACAGCAUCAAGUAAAAAGACAUAAUCUGAUAGUAGCUUCAUAUGAUGUUGUGAGAAAUGACAUAGACUUUUUUAGGAAUAUUAAAUUUAACUACUGUAUUCUUGAUGAAGGUCAUGUCAUAAAAAAUGGAAAAACUAAAUUGUCAAAAGCAGUAAAACAACUAACUGCUAACUAUAGGAUUAUUCUUUCUGGAACACCAAUCCAGAACAAUGUUUUGGAGUUGUGGUCACUUUUUGAUUUCCUUAUGCCUGGAUUUUUGGGUACCGAACGCCAGUUUGCUGCUCGAUAUGGUAAACCUAUAUUAGCGAGUAGGGAUGCACGAAGCUCCAGUCGAGAACAAGAAGCAGGUGUUCUUGCGAUGGAUGCACUGCACCGCCAAGUCCUGCCUUUCCUUUUGAGAAGAAUGAAAGAAGAUGUUUUGCAGGAUCUUCCACCUAAAAUUAUUCAAGACUAUUACUGUACUCUUAGCCCUCUCCAGGUUCAGCUUUAUGAAGAUUUUGCUAAGUCUCGUGCCAAGUGUGAUGUUGAUGAGACCGUGUCUUCAGCUGCACUUUCAGAAGAAACUGAAAAACCAAAGCUUAAAGCUACAGGUCAUGUAUUCCAGGCAUUACAAUAUUUACGUAAACUGUGCAACCAUCCAGCAUUGGUCUUAACCCCUCAGCACCCAGAAUUCAAGAGUACUACUGAAAAACUGGCAGUCCAGAAUUCUUCUCUUCAUGAUAUUCAGCAUGCCCCUAAACUUUCUGCUUUGAAACAGUUGCUAUUGGACUGUGGCUUGGGAAAUGGCAGCACUUCGGACAGUGGCACAGAGUCUGUUGUGGCCCAGCACAGAAUACUGAUCUUCUGUCAGCUCAAAAGCAUGCUUGAUAUAGUAGAACACGACCUGCUCAAGCCUCAUCUGCCCUCUGUCACUUAUUUGAGACUAGAUGGCAGCAUACCUCCUGGGCAGAGGCAUUCCAUCGUGUCCCGGUUUAACAAUGACCCAUCUAUUGAUGUUCUUUUACUUACAACUCACGUUGGUGGCCUUGGACUUAACCUGACUGGUGCUGACACUGUGGUGUUUGUGGAGCAUGACUGGAACCCCAUGCGGGAUCUACAGGCCAUGGACCGGGCCCAUCGUAUUGGGCAGAAACGUGUGGUUAAUGUCUACCGGCUGAUAACCAGGGGAACACUAGAAGAGAAGAUAAUGGGCUUGCAGAAAUUCAAGAUGAACAUAGCAAAUACUGUUAUUAGCCAAGAGAAUUCUAGUUUACAGAGCAUGGGGACUGAUCAGCUUCUUGACUUGUUUACGCUGGAUAAGGAUGGCAAAGCAGAAAAGGCUGACAGCUCUACUUCUGGAAAAGCCAGCAUGAAAUCAGUUCUUGAAAACCUGAGUGACCUCUGGGAUGCUGAGCAAUAUGAUUCCGAGUACAACCUGGAGACCUUCAUGCGCUCUCUCGAGUAACUGCUGCUAGUUCAGUUACAUUCUGCUGAUAUUCAGCAAACUCCGAAGUCUAUGGUGAACUUUAACUGAAUGUAUAAAUAGAUCUGAAGAAUAUUCAGCAUAGUGCUGGCUCUUGUUUCACUGGGGAACAAGUUAUUCUCAAAUAUUUGCACUGUAUUAAAUUUCAAUGGUAAUGUGAAAAGUUUUCAAUUUUACGUGCUGAAUAGCUGCAGCCAGGAAGCAGCCAGGUUUCCGUGUGCUACCAGGAGGGGCUUCUGCGGAGAGAGCCUCCUCUACAGUCACUUCGUUCAUGACUCGAUCCACCAGUGCUGUGGUGUCGGUGUGCAUUGUUUUCCUUAAAAUAGUACUUGUUUUUAUAAUUGACUACAAAUAGGGCUUCUUUUGUAUAAAAGCCUUAAUGAGCCAUACUUUUCUGAAUUUCAGAGUGACUUUAAUAUUAGUCAUCCUUAGAACAUGAAAAUGUUAAAGAAUGAAUUGAAGCAGGCCCUGUGGCAACCUUUGUAUAUUUAAUUAAAGCAGAUGCAUAUAGUGUUUUUCAAAUCUUUAUUAACAUCAUUUUGUUCACUUUCAAAGUAUAAAAACUAUUCUAAAUACAGGUACUGGUAUAUUUAAGGCUAUAAUAACAUCCUAUUAGAGGGUGGGUUUUUGUUUAAUUUAUCUAAUGGCUAGGAUAUAGCCAGAUUCAAAGAACAUAUGUACUCAGUAGGUUUCAAUCAUAUAUAUAUAUAUAUAUAAUAUAUAUAUUUUGUAACUAUGAACACACAGUUUUUCAGGCAUAGAUUUUACAGUGCUUAAAAUUGCAAACCCUGUGGUGAAGGCUGUUUACUGUCGUAGAGCAUGACUGAUGCACAGGGAGGAAUUGCUCUUUAUACACGGCGUACAAGGAUACACACAUCUAUAUGCACAGUGUCCAUCCUACACCCAGUGGGUCUGGUUUUGGCACUAAAAUCAUGUAGUUAUACCAGACAGCAAUAAUAACUGAGCAUGGAGCUAAUGGUGUUAACACAGCUCAGUGGUGAGGGUGGGCAGCUAUAUAUAGAUACGCAUGUGUGUGUGUGUAAUUUUAUAAAUUUCCCACUAAGUUAAUACAUGCCUGUGAUACACACAUGUGUGGAAUAUAUUUGUGUAUAUAUAUAUAUGUACAGGUAAUAAACAUCCUUAAGAUUUGUGUCUGGUCCUACACCUAGGCAUCAACUUAAAAACCAUCAGACCUCAAUUGUACAAUAACAAGGGUUUUGUUUAAAAUAAUUAAAAGUUCUACAGCACUUAGAUAUGAAGUUUGUCAUACUUGAGUAGCCUUGACAACCAUGCUGUAAUACUGAACCUAGCAUUCCACAAGAGAAUAAAUACAAAUUGUAAAGUCUGUGCAAUUGUGUGUUGUUUACAGUGAAGACCAAACAGCCAGCCCAGAUACAUGGGUUUUUGAAAAGCUACACAUUUUCAUAUCUAAGGUUUAUAUUCAAAUAUAGUAUACUAAAAGGAGAACUCAUGAUUUUAUGUAGAGUAUACAGUGUACUUGAGUGUUUUUAUAAAUAUUUAUUUGCUAUUUGCAUAUCUUCUAAAAGCAGGGAGCAGUUUUAUCAUUGAAGAAUUCACACCAAUAUAUUAUUUUUUUUAUCAUAACAUGAAAAGUCACAACUAGGAGUGGCUGUCUAGGCAGUUGAAAGUUUGCAGGUUUAAUCAGAAAGUACAUUUGUAUACUGGCAAACCUUUUAUUGUAAGAUGUGAAAUCACACUUUCUAGUUUCCCAAACAAAGGUAAACACAUGACUCAGAACUUAGGAUCCUGUUCCCGAGACGGUGGGUACUGUCAUGGCACUGCUGUCAGCUCUGUGGGUGUGGCCAUGUGUUGGUUAUGUUUUUAAAUGUGCUGGCCUGGGAGAUAAACAUGGUGUAGUGUUGGUGCUGAGCUGGGUUGUGAGCUCAACGGAAUCCAUUGUACUACUGUUUGUUGUUGAAGUUUUUAAUAACUAAACAUGAUUACAUUUGGGUCGAUAUACACUGACUAUUUCUUAUAGGAAAGUCUGUAAAAUUUGAGGUUCUGGGUGUAAUGUCCAACAUUUAUACACACUCACAAAGUCUAGUCUUUAAGCAGAACUUUACUUGAUGCUGACUAGGAGAGCAGUCUCCAUUGCCACUGAACAGGUUUAUAGAGGCUUGGUCAAAUGUAAAUAUUCGGGGGGGGGGCAUUUGAAAGUGUGACAGUGUAGGACCAUACCCCUUGAAUGUAUCCAAUCUCAGAAGCAAGCUGGGUCAGGCCUGGUUAGUACUUGUAGCGAGAACAUGACCAGUUAAGUGGCAGAAUUGCACGCCUUUAGUCCCAGUACUCAGUAGGCAGAGGCAGGUGGAUCUCUGUGAGUUUGAGGUCAGCGUGGUCUACAGAGCGAGUUCCAGGACAGCUACGAGUAUACAGAGAAACCCUGUCUUUAAAAAAAAAUAAGACAAAGCCCCAAACCAAUGCAAUAGUUUGCAGGAAAGAACACACACUGUCAUAUGCCUAUAUUGAGUAUUGCCCACCAAUCUAGAUUUGUACCUUCUUCAGACCUCAACUUCCCAGGACACUGGCACCGGUGGGAUUAAGUGACAUUAAUUUCAGAGAUGUCUGUUAUCAAAUGUCAGAAAAUUCAGUGUGAAUUAAAACAAUAAAAACUUGAGUUUUGAUACUGA